AUGGAGGAGAUUAUCUAUAAUUGUCCUCAGCUUUUAUGGGAAAUUUACCCAGAACAAAAAGCCACAAUUAUCGGUGCAGCUGGAAAGGUGAAGCUGAGGGAAUCCAUGGGAAGGGCUGGAAAGGUGGUGGUGGUGGAGCAGGAAGGGGAUCAUUCAACGGGCGGUGCAGGCGUGGAGCAGCAGGAGAGGGAUGAUCAUUGUCGUCAUCAUAAUCAUCAUCAUCGGGUUGUCCAAUAUAAAGAUCAAACCAUUUUUCAUUAUGCAAUCAGCCAUCGUCAAGAACAAAUUUUCCGCCUUUUUCAUGAAUUAGCUCUCCAAGUGCAACGCGAGCUACAAUGGUAUCAGGAAGUGGAAAGCAUUAUGCCACCAGGCUUCAAAAAUUUCAAAAACAAAGAUGGUCUGACAUCUAGAAAGUUAUUCACAUUGGAGCACAAAGAGCUAGUAGAUGAAGGUGCAAAGUGGAUGAAGGAAACAGCACAACAGUGCAUGGUCGUCGCAACCCUUAUCUCCACAAUCAUGUUUCAAGCAGUGUUUAGUGUAUCAGAUGCCUUUAGUAUUUCAGGUUCUGUAAAGAGUGGUACAAACAAACUCAAUUACAAACAUGACAAAUAUUCUAUAAUAUUUGUUAUCACAGAUAUAUUGGGACUUACCACUUCCGUAGCUUCGAUGCUGAUGUUUCUGGCCAUUAUUACUACAAGUCAUGCAGAAGAAGCUUUCUUAAAGAAAUUGCCACGUAUGCUGAUGAUGGGGCUUUUUUUCCUUUUCGUUUCUAUAAUGGGGAUGAUGACUGCCUUUGUUGAAGCCACUCUGGUUUUAUUUCACCACAAUGUUCGUCUAGGGGUCUCCUUACCAAUUGUUCUUCUAGCUACUGUUCCAAUCACUAUAUAUGCUUUUAUGGAACUUCCUCUGUUCAUUGAAUUGACACAUUCCACAAAUAGUUUACCCAAGUCAAAGGUCAUUAGAAAGAAAACUAUAAGCAUGAACAUGUAG